AUGGGCUCGGUGUCAUUUUUCAGUCGCCUCGUGAAGCGAAUCGAAACGAAGGAGUACCGCAAUGCCGAAGCAGAGAAUCGCCAUCAAUGGCUUGACAACAAUGAUCUGCGACCCGUCCCCAUUGCCGACCGAACAUUUGGCUGGAAAUCGUACUUUUGGUUUUGGCUCUCGGCGAAUGCCACUCCAGCCUCAUUCUAUGGUGUCUCUGCGGCACUGGCAGCUGGAUUGAGCGUCUGGGAAGCACUCGCAUGUCAGCUGGGUGGACAGAUCAUGAUUGCAACCGUCUUUGUAUUCAACGGAAGAGCUGGUGCUGCAUACCAUAUCCCUUAUCCAACCAUCGCAAGAGCGUCGUUUGGCGUCUGGGGCGCCUACUGGCCGGUCGUGAAUCGGGUGGUUAUGACGCUCGUUUGGACUGGUGUAAACGCUGUUCAAGGGGGUCAAUGCGCCUACGUGAUGCUACAUUCCCUGUUCCCGUCCAUUGCCAGGAUUCCGGAUGUUUUCCCCGAUGGCGCUUCGGCCUUGAAUUCAGGUGGCAUGAUAGGCUUUUUCCUCUUCUGGAUCUUGACGACUAGCCUUCUUCAUAUCAAGAUUCCAAACUUGAGACCAUACAUGUACACCAAGCUUGGCAUAUUCUUCAUCUGCUCAAUUUGUCUUCUCGGGUGGGCGCUUGCCGAGGCAGGAGGUAUUGGCCCUGUAGCUCGACAGGGCUCGACCAUCCACGGGUCCACCAAGUCAUGGACCGUUGCUCGAUACGUCUUCAUCUAUUGUGCCAAUGGGGCAACAUAUGCAACGAAUGCAUCCGACUUCUUGAGAUAUGCUAAGAAGCCCAAGGAUGCGUUCUGGCCCCAAUUAAUUGGGUUCCCUCUGUCUACCUUUCUGGUCGGUAUCAUUGGGAACUUGAUCGUGUCCAGCUCGGUCAUCACUUUCGGCGAGUUGAUUUGGAACCCCAUCGAUUUCAUGGACGCUCUGUUAGAGAAGCACUACAACUCCGCGACCCGAGCAGGUAUUUUCUUCCUUGCCCUCGGUUUUCUCUACGCCUCAAUCAUCUCGUCUAUCUUCGAGAACUCGAUCCCAGCCGGUAACGACCUUGCCGCCCUGUGGCCGCGGUUCAUCACCAUCCGACGAGGCUUCUACAUCGCAGCCAUCAUAUCAUAUGCGAUGUGCCCCUGGUACAUCCUCGGCUCAGCGUCGAGCUUUGUUGCAUGGUUGGCCUCGUACCAGAUCUUCUUGUCAUCCAUCACUGGCGUCAUGCUUUGCCAUUACUUUAUCGUCUCGCGCGGAUACCUGAAGAUCUCCGACAUGUUCACUCCGGCGCACAGUGGUCUCUACUACUACAGCCGAGGGUGGAACUAUAGAGCGUACGUGGCUUACCUCGUGGGAAUUGUCCCUAACUUCUACGGUUUCUUGGGCGUCUUUGGUGUCUCUGUCACACUGCCGGCGACGAGAAUGUACUACUUUGCAUAUCCCAUGGGAUUGGCGCUGAGUUUUGGAACCUACUGGGCCCUAAAUAAGUUGAAUCCACCAAUCUGCUCGAAUAUGGGGCAGAUGUUCCGUGAGGUCGGGUCUGAAGCCGAGGAUGCGGUCAUCGAGUCGGAGGUGGUGGCGGCGGCAGUGGAUUUGAGAACCAGCAAGGGCGGAAUGGGUUUGGAUGCCAGUGAGAAAGAUGCUGUUCUUGUAUAG